AUGGUUCCUCCCACGAUCCAAGUCAAUGGCUCCGCCCUUCCCUUUCCCUUUGGCGCACAGAACACUAACGAGCAGUCAACCCAAGGUCUAGGCAGAGCCGACUCCUCCACUCUGACCUCCUCCAUGCGCUCACCCAGCUUUCCUCGCGGGCCCACCGUCUCCAGAUACGCGCCGACACUUCCUACCCUAUCGCCGCUCUCCAGUCUGACCCGCGAUAUCUUCGGCUACACCCUCUCGGACGACAGCAGCUCCAGCGACGGCUCCUCCGAGCGAAGCAUCCCGCAGACCCUGCGCCCGUUCACACCACCCUCGCAAGAGAACGUAAACAACUACGACAAGCGCGCCCUUCCCGAAGUCCCAGUGCCCGAACAAGCCUCGAAGAGAGUCCGCCGGCGCCAGGUCCAAUCCGUCACCUACGGCCAGCCCUUCUACCACGAACUUCCAUACGACGAGCGACCCAUCUCCCGCUCCGCUUCGUUUUUGGAUUCCGACUCCGCCUCAAUCGCUAACUCCGAGUUCUCGUUUGUCGGAAACAGCACGGACUACUCGUUCACUGCCUCUGAGCAACAGAAAAAGGCGAUCGAGGAGCAAUGGCGCGCGAGGACGCAGAAGAGACAUACGCUGGACGUGCAAGGGCUGAUAGAGAAUCGCCACGGCUACGAUCUGCAGGUCGCUCGUAGCAAUGGCUUGCAGAGGAGACGGGCGGUACGUGCACCAACCCGAAGAGGGGAACAAGCCGUUUCUGAGGGUUGGUUGGAGUAA